AUGGCCCAUGUUGACCAGUCCGAAACGGGGGUGAUCCGGCGUCUGCAAACCAUUGUUGGCGAGGGAGAAGAUAUUGGCAAGGUUCUCAAGAAACGUGUUCAAAUAAUCAACGUCUGGCGGCCGCUGAACGGCCCCGUCCAAGCUUGGCCCCUGGCCUGCAUAGAUUACCGGACCUCCAAAUCUUCGGACAUGCAUGCGUGCGAUCUUCUCAAGGGCGAGCUUAAGCCACGAGGCCAUACGGUGCUAUUUACGCAUUCAGAAGAGCAGAAAUGA